AUGGACACGUUUAUCCGCCAUAUGAUACCGAUCACCAACGACCAGAUAAGGGAGUAUCGGAUACACAUGGCAAUCAUAUAUCUUCGAAGCCUCAUCAGGCGCCGCUUCCGGUGGGUAGCAGAAGACUGGUUGAGUUGCAUGAUCGACAUGUAUACAUGGAGCGCCAUUUUUGACGCUUAUCCGCCUAUAAAGGUGUGCCCAAAAUUCCCAUGGGAGCUGAUCACCCAUGAUAGGUCAUCGGCUCCAUCGCAGAUGUACAAGGACUUCAGGGGAUUCCACUCUUUGGAUAAUGAUCCAAGUAAGGACUUGAAGGACAACGAGGUGACCAACGAGGAACUGGACUCGGCGUUGGGACGGGACUUGUAUGAGUACCGAGACCAGCUGCUGAAGGAAUGGGAGCCUAAGUUUCAGGCUUUUGGCGAGGAUCCGGUCAAGCGCGAAGAGCACGCUCUGAACCAACAGGCUCCGCAAAGCUGCCCUCAAGGGGAGAGAGACAUACCUGCGUCUUUCGAGAGCACGGUAUCGACCCAGAAUGCGUUGAGAUCCGGGGACACAGAGAAGGACGGGCACGGAAAUGAUCAGCCAACUGUCAGCCCUCAGCCUAAGCAGCGCUAUGGAGACAACCCUGUGAAAGUCCACGCCGCCCUCGUCGACCUCUGGACGAGAACACCGUGGUUUGAGAACUGGAAACUGUUGGGAAUAAUAGCGUCCCCAUGGGAAAUUAGACUUCCCCAUGAGACAGUCACAGAGAUGCUUCUCCCAGAUUGCCAAAGUAUAGAGGCGAUGGAAGUAGAGGGUCUAUUGAUCAAGAUUGUUCGACGAGGCAUAGGCGGCCACACCUUGACGCUAGCCAUCGAGGUCGAAGGCCCUGCAGAUGACGUCUUCUCCCUGUCCCAAAAAGAGUUCGUCAGGAAUCUGUGGAAGUGUAUAUUGAAGUGGAUUAUCACUGUUUCUAAUGGUGCUAUGAUCGAAUGGGAAACCUGGAGAUUUCUCUGGAGAUAUAACCUCUACCCCCCUAUAGGGUUCUCUAUGUCCCAAUUGGAUAUAUGGAACGAAUUUGCAUAUACCGGAGAGCUGAUCGCACACCGGGUCAUAACGGUUAUGAACCAGAAUUUCAUUUCUAUGCCCAAGGCGAUCCGCCAUUGCGAAGAGUCCCUGGUCAUCGCCGGGCGUCUGAAGGCAUCAAUGGACAGUGAGCUGGCCGAUGUUAUUGCAUCGUCACUCCCGGCCGGUUACAGUAAGGCGGACCUCCCGAGGUUGAUCAACAAGAUCUACUUCAUGGGAAGGAAACACGCAAGGCCUGGGACCAGCCUGGAGAAGCCUGAUAACUUCUUCAUGUUUGCCGCGUCUUCUAUCUACAACCUUGCUCGAAGGAACCUAGAGAAUGAGGAUGAGGAGUCCCGACGUUUCCCAAUGGCCAAGAUGCUCUAUUCCAGGAUCUUGAGCUCCGUAGGUGAGCAAACCUCGUGA